UUCCGCUCGUUCAACCUAAGAAGCGUCCCCCAGCCCGCAACCUCCCAAUCUUCUCCACUCCGCCAAACACUAUCAAAAUGCUCUCCCGCGCAGCUUUCCGCGCAGCCGCGAAUCCAGCCAUUAUUGCCCGUCGCGGCUUCCAGUCCACCCGAGCCCAGCUCUCCAGCCCCUACCACUACCCGGAGGGACCGCGAAGCAACUUGCCGUUCAACCCUCUGACCAAAUGGUUUGCUUUUAGAUACUGGGCGUUCUGCGCUACUGGAUUUUCCCUUCCCUUCCUUCUUGCCGUCUGGCAGACCAGGAAGAACAAGCCCUAAAUUCGAUAGCUGAGGAUAUGGAGUGAUGAGUUUUGGGCAACGUUAUGAGUGGGAAACGGGGAGUGUAGAAUAGGCCGAGAUUCCCAAGAACAAUUGUACUACACACAGCUUCAGCAUCAAAUUCAUUAGCAGUGUUUCCUC